CCGGCGGGAGAGUCGCGGUGCACGGUCGCCUGCUGGACCGCGCGCCUGGCGCUGCCGCGGCUCGUCCCGGCGAUGCCUCCGCUCUGGGCCCUGCUGGCCCUGGGCUGCCUGCGGCUCAGCUCGGGUGUGGAUCUCCAGCCCCAACUGGCCAGCGUGACCUUUGCCACCAACAACCCCACCCUCACCACCGUGGCCUUGGAAAAGCCUCUGUGUCUGUUUGACAGCUCAGCAGCCCUCCAUGGCACCUAUGAGAUCUACCUCUAUGUUCUGGUUGACUCGGCCAGCUCCAGGAAUGCCUCUGUGCAGGACAGCACCAAGACCCCGCUGAGCUUGACAUUCCAGCAAACCAAGGGAGGGAGGACAGGCCCCUACAAGGCCUCGGCCUUUGACCUGACCCCUUGCAGCGACCUGCCCAGCUUGGAUGCUGUCCGGGAUGUGUCCCAGGCUUCGGAGAUCCUGAACGCAUACCUGAUCAGGGUGGGCACCAAUUCAACCUGCCUGUCCGACCCCAACUUCCAGGGCCUCUGCAACCCACCCCUGUCAGCGGCCACAGAAUACAGGUUCAAGUAUGUCCUCGUCAAUAUGUCCACAGGCUUGGUACAGGACCAGACCCUGUGGUCGGACCCCAUCCGCACCAACCAACUCACCCCGUACUCAGCGAUCGACACGUGGCCAGGCCGGCGGAGUGGGGGCAUGAUCGUCAUCACGUCCAUCCUGGGCUCCCUGCCCUUCUUCCUGCUCGUGGCCUUUGCUGGCGCCAUCGUCCUCAGCCUCGUGGACAUGGGCACUUCUGAUGGGGAAACCACGCACGACUCACAGAUCUCUCAGGAGGCCGUCCCCAGGUCCCUGGGGAGUUCGGAGGCUUCGUACACGUCUGUGAACCGGGGACCGUGCCUGGACAGGGCCGAGGUGUAUGCCAGCAAGCUCCAGGACUGAGCCGGGCACCGCCCGGGGGUGCAGCAUUCUCCCCGAGGGCCUUGCCCAGGGGUCUGCGGGCAGCUGGUGUCCACAGCCUGCCCCCACCCAGGCGGAAACGGGGCAUGCUGGUCCCACUGCAGGAAAACACUUAAUAAAGUCUUCCCAAGAUUUUGAGUUCGUUCAACACUUGCA